GGCUGGCCGUCUAGAAGUCUAGAGAGGGAAUCAAAGAAUUUUCAAAGUCAAAACCCAAGCCAAAGACUAGGAAAAAUUUUCUUUUCUUUUUUACACGAAUUUCUUUCGUCUUUAAAAGCUCCCAAAAUCUUGUUUUCUUUCACUGAUUUCUGCUUCCUUUUUCCUUGAGAAUAGAUUUUGGGUUUCAUUGCUUAGUGGUUUAGAAACUAAAAAGUCUCUGUGUGUAACCGAUGAGUAAUAAUACUGCGUCUUCCAGUGCAGCAGCCAAUGGAUCGGCUGAUUCUGCUGCUCCCAGAAGAAAUUCAAAGCGACCCAAAUAUUCUAGAUUUACCCAACAAGAACUUCCAGCUUGUAAGCCAAUUCUUACGCCACGUUGGGUAAUUUCUGCAUUCAUCCUUGUUAGCAUCGUCUUCAUUCCUAUUGGAAUUGCUUCCUUGACUGCCUCCCAAGAUGUUGUUGAAAUAAUAGAUCGCUAUGAGACUGAGUGCAUUCCUGCCCAAAAUAGGACUGAUAAAGUUGGAUAUAUUCAAAGCCCUGAUACUGAUAAAAGAUGCAACAGAACAAUUAGAGUUACGAAGCGUAUGAAGCAACCUAUCUAUGUAUAUUAUCAGCUUGACAACUUUUACCAGAAUCAUCGCAGGUAUGUGAAGAGCCGAAGCGAUGAGCAGCUGAGAAGUUUAAGCAGUGAGAAUGAAACCAGUAAUUGUAAGCCAGAAGAUACUGUGAAUGGGAUUGCAAUCGUGCCAUGUGGUCUAAUAGCUUGGAGUUUGUUUAAUGAUACUUAUAGCUUCUCCCUCAAUAGCAUGGAGUUGCAAGUGAAUAAGAAAGACAUCUCAUGGAAGAGUGACAGGGACCACAAAUUUGGCAAGGAUGUCUUUCCUAAAAACUUCCAGAUGGGAGAUCUCAGAGGUGGUGCAACGCUUAAUACAUCAAAACCAUUAAGUGAGCAGGAGGACCUUAUUGUUUGGAUGCGAACUGCAGCUCUGCCUACAUUUAGAAAGUUAUAUGGGAAGAUAGAGCAGGAUCUACAGCCCAAUGAUGAGUUACACAUAACAUUGCAGAACAACUAUAAUACAUACAGUUUCGAUGGCAAGAAGAAACUGGUACUUUCAACCACAACCUGGCUUGGUGGGAAAAAUGACUUCUUGGGCAUCGCUUAUCUUACAGUUGGGGGUAUCUGCUUCUUUUUGGCAAUGUCUUUCACUGUUGUGUACCUCAUCAAGCCUAGGCGUCUUGGAGACCCUUCCUAUUUAUCAUGGAACAGAACUCCUGGAGGUCGCUGAAAAAUGCUUUUGGAAUCACGCUAAUAGAUCCUGUUAUAUGGUUGAUGUAAUUUAUGUGUAUUAAAAAUUUAAAAUAUUGCCCAAGUUUGAAAGGUUUGAAAGUUUUAUUUUUGAGCGGGUGUAAUACUUUGGUAAACCUUAUUUGUAACAUAAGAAAUAGAAUUGAUUGUGAUCACUUUUGUCAAUGUAUUAAAUUCAACUAUUGUCAGCA